AAAUAAAGUCUCAAACACUGAGAGAGAGAGAGGAAAAAAAAACAAAAAAACAAAAGUACCAACCAAACCAACCAAACCCACCCCCUCUCUAGGGUUUCCUGAAAUCGUAGCCGUUCCAAGGGGGGAGGGGGGAGGGGGAGGAUCUGAAAAAAGAAUCCAAUGGCGGCGCAAGGUCAGGUUACGAUGGACCUUGCCGUAGUGGAUGAUAUAAUCAGACGGCUGACAGAGGUCCGAUCAGCGAGACCGGGUAAGCAAGUUCAGCUAUCGGAGAAUGAGAUCAAGCAGCUUUGUGGUGCUUCCAGAGACAUCUUUCUUCAACAGCCUAAUCUUCUCGAACUCUCUGCCCCUAUCAAGAUUUGCGGUGACAUUCAUGGACAAUACAGUGAUUUAUUAAGGCUUUUUGAAUAUGGGGGUUUUCCUCCUAAUGCAAAUUAUCUAUUUUUAGGGGACUAUGUGGAUCGUGGCAAGCAGAGUUUGGAAACAAUAUGCCUCUUGCUUGCCUAUAAGAUUAAAUAUCCAGAGAAUUUCUUUCUUCUAAGAGGAAAUCAUGAAUGUGCUUCUAUUAAUCGGAUAUAUGGAUUUUAUGAUGAAUGUAAGCGGCGAUUCAAUGUGAGACUUUGGAAAGCCUUUACAGACUGUUUUAACUGCCUUCCUGUAGCAGCUCUUAUAGAUGACAAAAUAUUGUGCAUGCAUGGUGGCCUUUCACCUGAUCUGACAAACUUGGAUCAAAUUAGAAAUUUAAGUCGUCCAACUGCUGUUCCGGACACUGGGUUGCUGUGUGAUUUGCUCUGGUCAGAUCCUGGUAGAGAUGUUAAAGGAUGGGGAAUGAAUGACAGAGGAGUCUCAUACACCUUUGGGCCUGAUAAGGUGACAGAGUUCUUAACAAAGCAUGAUUUGGACCUUGUCUGUCGUGCACAUCAGGUUGUGGAGGAUGGGUAUGAAUUCUUUGCUGACAGGCAACUUGUUACAAUAUUUUCCGCCCCAAAUUACUGUGGUGAAUUUGAUAAUGCUGGUGCAAUGAUGAUUGUAGAUGAAGAUUUGAUGUGCUCUUUCCAGAUUCUUAAGCCAGCAGAGAAAAAAACAAAGUUCAUGAUGUCAAACAAAAUGUGAUGGUAGCUAUAUACUGCUCCUUCAUCUUAACCAAGAGGUCCUCCUCUUUUUUCAUGGUGAAUUGGCUGAAAAUGAAGAUUUCCAGCAUCGUAGGUUCCUUCUAACUCAAGGAGUUGCAAGUGCCGUCUGUUGUGCUAUAACUCAUGUGAGUUGGGGAGGAGGAAGUUAGGUCUUGGGACUAGUGUGGAGGGCACAAGGCAGAAAAUUUUUAUUUUGCUGGUUUACCUUUCUCAUUACCUCAUCAUCUGUGACUGACACAAUGUGUACAUAUAUUUGAUUGGGUAAUUCAUAGUUGUGCUUUCCAUUGGGGGCAACGGAAAUUGCCUCAUUUACAUUUCGCACGGGGUUUGCUGAACUAUUUGUGAGCUGUUUAUCUCAAAUAUUUUAGGUUUUUUAUUUUUAUUUUUCUUGGUUAAAAAUAUUUUAGGCUUAUUUUGAUGUUGGAGAGGUAGUAAUAUGCGAGUGGUGGCUGUUUAUUAUUGUAUUCCAAAGUGUGAUUUUUAUUUAUGGAUGUGGUCUUGUCGGCCAUCCAUGAUUAUUGCCA